AUGUCAACCAAGAAGCUCCAAGUAGGCGUCGCAGGCCUCGGCCGCAUGGGCAAGCGCCACGCUCUCAACUUCCACCAAAACGUGCCCCGCGCAACCCUCGUCGCCGUCAGCUCCCCCGACGCUGGCGAGCGCCAAUGGGCCGCCGAGAACCUUGCCCCCCACGGCGUCACCGUCUACGAGUCCUACGAUGACAUGCUCGCCCACAAGGAAUUGGAGGCCAUCUGUGUGGCGUCCGCGACCUCUGUCCACGCAGAGCAGGCCAACAAGGCCAUUGAGAAGGGCAAGCACGUCUUGUGCGAGAAGCCAUUGGGCACCACUGUUGAAGUUUCACAAACCGUCGUCGACGCAGCCGUAAAACGCCCAGAUCUCAAAGUAAUGUGCGGCUUCUCCCGCCGCUUCGACGCCUCCUACCGCGACGCCCACGCAAAGAUGCAACAAGGCCUCAUCGGCCGCCCCGCCAUCCUCCGCAGCCAGACCUGCGACGUCCUCGACCCCUCAGGCUUCUUCGUCGCCUACGCCCAGUUCUCGGGUGGCAUCUUUGUCGACUGCAGUAUCCACGACAUUGACCUCGCGCUCUGGUUCUUUGACGAGGAGACCACCAAGGUCAAGUCCGUCCACGCCGUGGGCAUCACAGCCGUCGAGCCGGACUUGCGGAAGCACAACGAUCGCGACAACGCUGUUGGCACGGUCGAGUUUUACGAUGGGCGCAUCGCGUAUCUGUAUGCUUCGCGCAUGAUGGCCGCGGGCCAGGAGGAUUCAACGGAGAUUAUUGGUACCAAGGGCAAGUUGUCCGUCAACCUGUUGCCGGCGGAGAACCAUGUAAAGAUUUACACACCGGGAGGCAUCCGGCAAGAGCUGCCGCAAACGUACUGGGAUCGUUUCAGGGCUGCUUUCACGACCGAGGCGAUUGAGUUUACCGAGAGUGUGUUGGAGGAUAAGCCUGUGCCGAUCAAGUUGACUUCAGCAGUGGCUGCUGUCAAGAUCGGUGCGGCAUUGCAGGAGUCAAUGAUUAAGGGAACCAAGAUCUGGUUUGACGAGCAGGGCAACCGGACGGAGAAGGCCCAAUUGUAG